GAGGAAGUGGACAUGUUGAUAGUGCCCGGUGUAAGCAUCAUCAGUGGGUGUAACUGAGUGUCUAGUUUAGUCUUCACUUCCUAGGAAAUAAAAUAAAAAUUAGAAAUGGAUGAUACUUAUGAUGUUAUCGUCAUGGGCACAGGGCUCAAGGAAUGCAUUCUUAGUGGUAUGUUAUCUGUGUCUGGGAAAAAAGUUUUACAUCUAGACAGGAACGCAUAUUAUGGCGGUGAAAGUGCUUCCUUGACUCCUCUUGACCAGGUUUAUCAACAUUUUGGCAAGCCUGUUGUUGGUGACAAAUAUGGCAGAGGACGAGACUGGAAUGUUGAUCUUAUCCCAAAAUUUCUCAUGGCUAAUGGUCAACUUGUUAAACUGCUAAUUCACACUGGUGUCACACGCUACUUGGAGUUCAAAUCUGUUGAUGGUAGUUAUGUGUAUAAAGGUGGGAAAAUUUACAAGGUUCCAGCUGAUGAAAAAGAAGCCCUUGCAUCAUCUCUGAUGGGAAUUUUUGAAAAACGUCGCUUCAAAAACUUCCUCCAGUUUGUUCAAGACUACGAUGCUGAAGACCCUAAGACAUGGAAAGGGGUGGAACCUAACAUGGUUUCUAAACAAGUUUAUGAAAAAUUUGGUCUUGAUGCAAACACUCAAGAUUUCACUGGACAUGCUUUAGCUCUUUUUAGAAAUGAUAAAUACAUGAUGGAGCCAUGUGCCCAGUUGAUUAAAAAGUGUCGUCUCUACAGUGAUUCCUUAGCCAGAUAUGGCAAAUCUCCUUACUUGUAUCCUCUAUAUGGUUUAGGUGAACUUCCACAAGGCUUUGCUAGGUUGAGUGCAAUUUAUGGUGGUACUUACAUGUUGGACAAACCAGUUGACAAAAUAGUCAUGGAGGAUGGCCAUGUGGUGGGUGUGUCUGAUGGUAAAGACACUGCCAAAUGUAGUAUUGUAGUUUGUGAUCCAACCUAUGCCCCAGAUCACUGCAAGAAAGUAGGACAGGUUGUUCGUGCAAUCUGCAUCCUAAAUCAUCCAAUUGAAAAUACCAAGGAUGGACAGUCAGUUCAAAUCAUCAUUCCCCAAAACCAGGUCAACAGGAACGAUGAUAUAUAUGUGUGUAUGGUGUCAGCUGCCCACAAUGUUUGUGCCAAAAACUACUACCUGGCCAUUGUAGCCACAACAGUGGAGACUAACAACCCUGAGGCAGAGCUUCAGCCAGGCCUGGACCUCUUGGGAGCAAUAGAAGAAAAAUUUGUUAGUGUUGUUGACCUAUUAGAGCCUAAAGAUGAUGGCAAAGAGAACAAGAUAUUCAUCUCCAAAUCCUACGAUGCCACAACUCAUUUUGAAACCACUUGUGAUGAUGUGCUGGAUAUUUUCAAGCGCAUUACCGGAGAGGACUUUGAUUUCUCCAAAGUGAAGCACACAGAUGUGGAAGCUGUUGGAGAAUAAACACACAAGUAUUAGGCCUCUGGCAGCCUCAGUUUGUCUUGUCCUAGUCUCUACUGGCUUCAGUUCUUUUUCAAAAAAAAUAUAUGGGUUAAAUUUUUUUUUUUUUUGCUUGUCUGACCAACAGCCGCACUUGAAUUUUUAAACUAGAUAACUAUGUGUCAAAGCUGCCAGUGCUCAAAAUAUUCUGUUAUACAAGCCAUCUGAUAAUAUUUUUUUUCUUUCCCAAAUCUUACUUGUGAUUUUGACGAACUAAAAGGUUAAUUAUUAAAAGUGUAUUACAUUGAUAGCUGCAUGAGAUCACAGCUGUCUUGAACCUACCUGAGUUUAUAAGAAUUUUUUUUUUGCUUGCUGUCACCAUGUUGAAUUUACUACACUUUACCCUUGAGGUUGCUUUGUUUCAUAUAAUUGUCAGAACUUUUUAAAUAACUUUCCAGUGUAGUUGGUGUAGUCAUUGUUUAACUAUAGCAUAUAUAAUUCUUCCCACCAAGCUUGGUGUAUGCAUUCUCUUUUUAUUCACAGCAAAACCAUUUUUUUUUAAAAAGCAAUUUUGAAAAAAAAAAUUUAAAUGAACCUGGCACUGUAGUACAGCUUCAUUUAAUAUGAUGUAUAUUUAAUGUCCAGUUUAUUUUCUGGGUUAACUUUUUUUUUUUUUUUUCUGGAUAAUCAGUUGUGCAUGGAAAAAGGUUGAAGAAACAAAUACUUCAUAUUUUUUUGGUGUGAAAUGAACCAUUUUGUUUCCUCUAUGUCAGUAAUGUAAUUUUUUAUCUGUUGUUUGUUAGUGAAGUCUUUAUAAACAAAUGUUUCUUUGUUUAAAUUUGGGAUACAUUGGUUUGAAAUUUUGUUGCAAUGGUUAUAACCAUAAAAUGCUUUUGAGACUUACUUGUUUGGGGUGUAAAAUUUGUCAUGAUGUUCAAUAUAUAAGUAGGUAUCAUGGAUAUUUUUGCACAAAAUCAACUUAGUUAACACAUGUUUUGGAUGUACUUUAUUCAAAUCCUUAGGAUUAUGUGUUAGCUUUAAAUAGGAUCUACCUGAAGUUAUCUUGAAAAGGGAGAUGAAUUAAUAUUGUGAUACAAAAAUAUUUUAUAAUUAGUGCCAGUGGUCCCAGUGCCCAUUUUUUUUUCUUGUAUGGUCCCCUAUAAUGUGCAUUUAAAUAUACAUUUUAAAAUAUUACUAAAAUAUUUACUUACCCGUUUCAUGUAAUAAAAUUUUCCUCUUAAAUAUUCCUGGAGUUGUGGAUGAAAAAGUGACUCUGUGAAAUCGUAUUCAAAGAAUAGUUUUAGGUCGGCCAUCCGCUACUUUUCUUUUGUCAUUGUCGUCAACAUGAGUAGAGUGAGCCCAUCCGCGCACACACACACCAGCUAGAUCUCACCUGCUGAGUUUGUUAGUGUACUUGUGAUUGUUGAUGUAACUAUCUGUGGUACAACAGCAUUCCUUCGCCAACAUGACCACAUCUGCCUGGCACCAGCACCAGCAGUUUGCUUGUAUUCAUCCAUCUUGGUGAACGGGUAGGAUCACUUUUGGGUUGUUUAAAAAACAUAGAACUUAUGCUUUGGUGUUCAGCUUUUAAUGUCUACUCUCUAUCAUUUAUACCAAGUAACGAAGAAAACAACUUACAUGUCAGACUAGUAUUACAACUAUUCAUCACUGAGAAUUUUGUAUUUCAACCAGACAAGUGUGAAUGUCUUUCAUUAAUUUAGUUAUAAACUCUACUUUGGUUUUUUUUCUUCUUCAUGAAAUGUGUUUUUUUUUAUUUUUCUCCUUUGUAUAUUUAAAGUGUUCACCAAAUUUGUAGCUCAUUUUUCAGCAUGGUCAUUGGAAUAUGAACAAAAUCCACACAAAGUAUUUUCUACUUUGUGUACAGUUUUUAAAUAAAUACUUUUUUUUGUGAGUUCCUUUCAGUGUCCAUUUUAAAUAUCUGUGCUUAGAAGCUAUGGUGGUUGUUUAUUCUUGUUAGUAUUGUUCAUGGGCAAUUUUCCUUUUUUUAAAAGUGUAAUUUUGUAGAUACAAGCUACAGGUAACUGUUUCUGUUGGUACUGUGAUUAGAGCUGGGAGGAUAAUUAACAUGUUAUUAAGUUAUUAUUUAAAGUGAUGUGUAAUUAGACGGAAAUAUUCAAGCAUAGUGUCAAGAAAGUGGAAACAUCUUUGAUGUUGUCAACCUUGUAUCAUAUUUCGCAUGAAGUUGGGUUUUCUUUCUGUCUGAAGUCAAGGUGAUACAACAUUCUUUUUUAUUUUGUUUAGUUUGAAUGUUCAAGUUUAUGUGCAGUCUAUACAUAAUCUAAAUUGAUAUUUAUGUUGUAUUCUGAUAUCAAUUUUUUUAGGAUUUGCCACUAUUACUUGUUCAAAACAAAAAAAUGACCAAAUUCUCUUUUGUGAAAGGAACUGUAACUUGUAAAAAGAUUUUUAGUCUUACAAUUUUUUCCGAUUGUCUCCCUUAGUACCGCAACAAAGGUUUAGCAUUGUAAAACUGCUUUCUCUAGGUGAUCAUGUCAACAGUGGUAAUGCUUAUUGUUUUAGAUCAUUGAGGACUUUUUCUUUUACCUGCUUGUGUAAGUUUUUAUUUGAUAUUUGUCUGUUGUUUUAUUUAAUGACACAUGAAAACAUUUUGUCAGCUAUUCAAUAAAUUUUGUUCAUAUA